AAAUAAGUUCCAAGUGCAGAUUUGAAAUCAUUAUAAUAAAACUCGUGUUUUCAAGCCUAAAUUAUUAUUAGUUAUAAAAGAGGUUUAUUUUCCGCAGGCUAUCUUAAUAUUGAAAAUUAUUAUUUACGAAUAAGUAUAGAACAGUUUAAAGCUACAUAUAUGAAAUUGUGCUUUUAAAUUCUGAAAUCGAAGAAAAAUUAUAAUGAAAGUUGAGGUACAAGUGCUCCCUAUCCUACACCACUGGAUUAAGCACUGUUACUUAAUAGCCGCAUCGAUGACUCCUAUUCUCAAGUCAGCAGUCACCAAAAGCCACAUAAUUCAAAUUGGAGAGGUCCUAUUCACGUCUUUUCUCAACUUAGUAUUCCUUAUAAUUAUAAUAGGUAAUACUUUAGGGUACUUUAUGGACAAUUUUGCUGUUCCCAUGAAAAGAAAUCAUUGUUCCUUUGUGUUGUCUUAACAAAACUUAUAAUAAUUAGUUAUUGUGUAAUUUUUGUAAUGUUCGAAACUAUUUCUAUAUGUGUAUUUAUUUAUUUAUUAUAAUUGUUCAAUAAUGA